AUGUCUUUUGGAUAUCAACCUUCCCCGUUUCGACCCCGCAAAGUGUCAGUUACACCGUUCAAUGUAAAGCGUAAACAGGUCAACCCAGAUGUUCUGGUGCCAAGCAGUAAUAAUAAUCGUAUUAAUCAAAAAAGUUCACUUGCAUUGUUUCCAAAGGAAAAGUCAACCCCAGAUUCAACUGCUCUUCAAGCACACAUAGAUGAUCUUCAAGCACAAUUGAAAAAAGUAACUCAGGACCAACAGAGCUGGAGACAUAAAUGUCUAUUACUAACAAAUGAACGUGAAGAAUUUGAACUUGCUUGUAAAGAAAAGGCCGCCAGAGAAAAGGAUAUAAUGCUACUAGAAGUCAAGUUACUCAAGGAAGUUCACCUCGAAAAGAUCCAGUCUUUGUCUUGUGCUAUGGCACAAUGGCAGAACAGAGUGGCUUCUUUGCGUGCCCAAUUAAAACAGCAUUCCAUUGAAGAAGGCAAGCUUGAAAGAAAUUAA